AUGCUCGACCGGAAAUGCGACUCGCGGGAGACCAAGGUGGUGCGGCUGCUGCUGGCGCUGGGGCUGGGCAAGCAGCAGGUGGCGCAGGCGAUAUCGAGCGACCCGGACGUGCUGCAGCUGAGCGUCGUCGACAUCCUCGCGCGCCUGCGCGUGCUGCUCGACCUGGGCUCGUCGCUCGGCGAGGUCGCGUCGUCGCUCGUGCGCGAGCCGCGCUGGCUGCACAGCCCCGUGCAGCGCAUCUACGACAUGGUGGCGUACCUCGAGUCGCUGGGCGUGGAGCGCGACAAGGUGCACCGCGUGCUGCUGCGCUUCCCGCGCAUCAUGGAGCUCAGCGAGAGCGAAAUCACGCCGUCGCUCGCCAAGCUGCAGUACAUCGUGGGCGAGGGCCGCGACAUCUACCGCAUGAUCGAGCGCCAGCCGCGCGUGCUCGGCCUGUCGCAGGCGCAGAUCACGGAGACCGUGGAGGUGCUGAAGCAGUUCAUCGCGCCGGAGCAAGUGGCCGACGUGCUGCUGAAGAAGCCGCUGGUGCUGCUGAUGUCGCGCGACGCCAUCGUGCAGCGCAUCCAGUACCUCGCCUCCAUCUUCCACAAGCACCGCCUCUCCAACGUCUUCAAAGUCGCGCCCGGCCUGCUCACCAUCGACACCAAGCGCCUCAUGCGGCAGUACUCGCGCCUCGAGAUGUUCCUCGACCCCGCCGCGACGGACAAGCUGGUGAACGCGUUCCCGCAGGCGCUGACGCUGAGCUGGGAGAAGGUGCUGCUGCCCAAGUUCCGCUUCCUCGAAGAGCUCGGCCUCGACCGCUUCGAGGUCCUCAACUUCCCCGCCUACCUGGGCUACUCGCUCGACUCGCGCAUCCGCCCGCGCUGCGCCGUGCUGCUGGCGGCGGGGUAUGCGAUCCGCGCGCACGACGAUGUGAUCACGACGGACAACGAGCGGCGCCUGCGCAAGUUCGGGCGCUCGCACCACGAGAUCCUGCAGACGUUUGGCUCGCACGCCGUGUGCAUCCAGCACAUCGUGGGACUCACUGACGCUGACUUCCACUCGCAGUUCGGCGUCUCCCCUUCAUCCUCCGCUGCCGCCGCCUCCUCCCUCUCCGCCUCUUCCGCCGCCGCUGCCACUGCGUCUGCCAGUUGA